AUGUCUGGAGUUCUCAUGGAUGGGCCUGUCUGUCUGAUUGAGAACACAAAUGAAGGUGCGCUGCAGGUGAACCAGGAGGCCCUGAACAUCUUGAGCUCCAUCAAGCAGCCUGUGGUGGUGGUGGCCAUUGUGGGCAUGUACCGCACGGGCAAGUCUUACCUGAUGAACAGACUGGCUGGGAAGCGCACAGGGUUCUCCCUGGGCUCCACCAUCCAGUCUGAGACAAAGGGCAUCUGGAUGUGGUGUGUGCCUCACCCCUGCAGAGAAAACCACACACUGGUCCUGCUGGACACUGAGGGACUGGGAGAUGUGGAGAAGGGAGAUAAGAGGAAUGACACCUGGAUCUUUGCACUGGCCAUCCUCCUGAGCAGCACCUUGGUCUACAACAGCAUGGGCACCAUCAACAAUGAAGCACUGAUGAGUCUGCACUAUGUGACGGAGCUAACAGAGCACAUCAAGGUGAAGUCCAGCGGGGAGAAAGAUGAAGAGCCGUCCUCUGCGUAUGUGCACUUCUUCCCCUCCUUUGUGUGGACCGUGAGAGACUUCACCCUGGAGCUGGAGCUGAACGGGAGGACCAUCACAGCCGAUGAGUACCUGGAGAACGUUCUCAAGAUGCAAGCAGGUAAACCUUCACAGACGGGUCUCCGCGAUGACCCCCGGGACUGCAUCUGCCAGUUCUUCCCCACGCGGAAGUGCUUCGUGUUCGACCGGCCUGUCGCCAAGAGCAAACUGAAGAUCAUCGAUCAGCUCCUUGACACAGAUCUGGACCCCGACUUUAUCCAGCAGGCGACGGACUUCUGCAGCUACAUCAUCAGCCACUCAAGUGAGAAGGUCAUCGCAGGGGGGCUCGCUGUCACUGGAAGCAUGCUGGGCAACCUGGCGUUGACGUAUGUGGAUGCCAUUCAGAGUGGGCGGAUUCCAUGCCUGGAGAACGCAGUGCUCACACUGUCUCAGAUCAAGAACUCUGCUGCAGUUGAGAAGUCACAUGCCCUCUACAGGCAGCUGCUGGGAGAGCGGGUGAUGCUGCCCACUGCCACAGAGGAGGAGCUCUCCAGUGUUCAUGAGGGCUGCCUGAAGGAGGCGCUGCAGCUGUUCAUGAACAGUUCCUUCAAAGAUGAGAACCAUGUCUACCAGAAUAAACUCAUGGAGCAUGUUAAAAAAGACUAUGAAAGAAAGUGUCAAGAGGUGUCAGAGACGCGCUGUACUGCUCUGCUGCAGCAGCUGUGGGCCACUCUGGAUCUGCAGUCCUACAUGAGACCAGGAGGAUAUGCUGACUACAGAGUCCAGCUGCACUCCAUCAUUCAGCAGUACAGAGACACACCUGGCAAAGGCACACAGGCCGAACAUAUCCUGGAGGCAUUCCUUCAGGAGAAGGACGACCAAGGAACAAGCAUUCUGACAAUUGACAGAAAUCUGACCGAGCAGGAGGAUCAUUUACGGGAGGAGAGAGCUCGGGCUGAAAUUGAGAAGCAGAAAGCAGAGAUAGCUCGGCAGGAACAGGAGGCCACAGCUCAAAGGCUGGCAGAGAUGGAGCGCGUCCACCAAGAAGAGGAAAGGCUGCUGAGGGAGAAAAUGGAGAGAGACCGGAUAGCGGCCCAAGAGGAACAUGAAAGACAAGUGCAGAGGAACCUGGAGGAGGCCCUGGACAUCCUGAGCUCCAUCAAGCAGCCCGUGGUGGUGGUGGCCAUUGUGGGCAAAUACCACACUGGCAAGUCUUACCUGAUGAACAGACUGGCUGGGAAGCACACAGGUGACUGGGAAAAUGGGGAAAACUGUAUGCUUCUCAUGUUUACAAAUGAGGCAGAGAAGAAUGCAGAGAAAGCCCUGUCAAUCAUCCUCAAAAGCAUGGGCAGGCUGGCUAAAAUCGCCCCCGCCUUCGGCACCUUGGGGCCCUUCAUCGGUUUCAUCUUAGACUUCAUUCCUGAUGAAGCAGAAGACGUGAAACUGAUGAAGCAGGAGUUUGUGAAGGACGAGAGCCACAUCGAGAACUCCUGGGCCAAGUUCAUGGAGAGUGCUGUGGUGGCCGAGUCACAGGAGGAGAAGAUGAGGCUGGCAGAAAGGUUCACCACCUUCUAUGACAGCACAGCGACAGAGGGCAGUGUGGCUAGCUUUUAUGGCUACCUGACACAGGACGAACCCUCCCUCAGGAUAAACCUCCUGGACAUCCUGGUGGAGAAGUUCAAGGGCAACAUCACAGCUGUGAUGCAAUACAGCCACCACUUCACAGCAGUGUUGUUGAAAGGCCUGCAGCUGAAUCUGUAUUACUAUGUGCUGAAAGGCUAA